UUUUCAGAGGACCUUCGAAGUAGGCAGCCGUAAAAACCAAAAGUUCCCACUUGUCUUUGGAGCAAUUCCCCCAAUCCAAACCGAGAAAAAAGAAAACCUCAAGUGCGUGCGAAAAUAGAAAUUAAAUGCGAAAAUUUACAUAACUCCCGAGCGAGAGUUGAAAGUGAAACUUCUGUGGUGCGACACACUGAAAGAAACGGAAACGAGAACAGAACUUAUUACAAAAUUUCUGCCAAGUGUAGUAAAAGUUGAGCGAACGAGGAACGAGAGAAAGAGAAGCACCAGCAGCAGCCAGCCAGAAGCCUUUGCAGAGAGCGACGAGAGUGUGAAAGAGCCGAACGUGCGCACGUUUUUUUGGUUUUUGGAGCCUCGUGGGGCAUUCGUUUUGUGUACAUCUCCGUGCAGGACAUCCCACACGACACUCCACUCGGACGCAGGACGCAGCAGCAGCGCACCAGCAGGCAGAGCCCCCAAGCAGGCUAAUCCUUUAAAGCAUCAUCAACAGCCACACAAAACGCACCAAACAUGUUUUCGGGUCUAACAAAUCAAUUUACUUCGCUGGUGGGCGCCGUUAAGGGCGGCGCUGGCGAUGAGGAUGUUCCAGCACCCACAGGAGAAGCGGCUCCCGCUGCCGUCGCACCCACCACUUCCGCUGAGGCGGUGGCCAGUGCCUCAAUAGAUCAGGAAGCAGCUGCUGCGGCCGCUGCCGCUGGCGGUGAGGGACUCGAAGGCGAGGAAGCUGGCAAAAGCCUUCCCAAAUCCACAUCCUUGGUUGAUUCAUUUGUGACCGAAGCCACCGGAUGGCUGGGAAGUGCCAAGGGUUGGCUGGGAAACGCCUCGAUACCAUCGAUGCCAGCCAUGCCGGCGAUGCCAUCGAUGCCGUCGAUGCCAGCCAUGCCAGCGAUGCCGUCGAUACCAUCGAUCCCGGGACUACGAAAGACCGGCGGUGCCGACGGGGCCGAGGGCGCUGAGGGUGCCCUCGAGGGUGGUGUUGCCGCAGCCGGAUCCGGAGCUGUGAGUGGUGCCGAGGAUGACGACAAGUCGAGGUAUAUUAGUGCCACAGAGGGCGCCGACUCGCAUCCAGCAUCGGGCGGUGGCACGCCCACUGGCGAUGAGGGUCAAAUUGGACAGGGUAAGGGCGAUGAAGUCAAAAUUACCACAAAAGUAACACAGCAGGCCAAACACUUUGGCUCCUUCUUGUCAUCGGCCAUCAGCAAGGCCGGCAGCAAAAUCAAGGAAACAGUCAAGGAUAAUACCAUUCUUGAUUCAUUCAACAAAGAGCAGGAGGCCUUCGCCAAGGGCCAGGGCGGUGCUGGUAAUGGUGCUGCCCCCUGGAUUGGACAUGCCAAUGAAGCCAAGAUCAAGGAGGAAAUAUUGGGUCUCGCCCAGGAUCGUCGCAACUUUGUGCGCGCCCCGCCCGCUGGCGUGGACUUUGAGUUUAGCUAUGACACCGCCUAUCCCACGGCCAUAGCCAUUAUGGCCGAGGACAAGGCGCUCGAAACGAUGCGAUUCGAGUUGGUGCCCAAGAUCAUCACUGAGGAGAACUUCUGGCGGAAUUAUUUCUACCGCGUCUCACUGAUCAUCCAGGCCGCUGAGCUGGGAACUCUGGGCGCCGAUGGUGUGGGUCAGGCCUCCAGCGGUGAAGAUGCCAAAGAAGUGGCACCAAAAACUGAAAACCAAACCAAGACUGUCGCCAGCCCCGUGAAGGGCGAGGCUCCAUUGAGCACCAAGGCAAUUGCCGAGCAGCCCAAGGCCGUGAUAGAGCCUGAUGCCAAAGAGGCUGACCAAACCAAGGCCGGCAAGGGCAUAAAACAGAAAAUCUCUGAAUCGGAAUUCGUUUCCGAUGACUUUCAGACCACAACCGAUUCAGAUUUGGCUGAGAUCCAAGAUGGUAUGCGAAAAUUGGGCAUUGAUAGCAUGACCCAGCAAGUCCUAGCCCCAAACGAUGAGGAACAAUGGGAAAAGGAUCUGGAAGCUGAACUCAAAGACUAUGAGGUGGUGGACGAAGGCGGCACUGGCGGAGGAGGCAGAAAACCGAGGAAACAGCAAGGCAAUGCCGGCGAUGAGGAGGACGAGGACGAACCGACAAUAUCAAACUUGCGCACACGCUCGACCAACAACGACUGGGAGGAGUACGCCGACUUAAUUGAGGAUACCGAUGAUUUAAAGUAAUUAAGAGCUUAUAUCGUAGUUUCUUCUAAGUUGGCUCUAAGUUUAUAACUAUCUUUAACUUAUCUUUCUUUUCCAUUCCUUUCUAACCCCUUGUUUACUCUUUGAUUGAAAUACCCAUUUGAUUGUUAAACCCCCCCACAAAUAUUAAAAUACGAAAACCUAAACCAACCCAAUACCAACUGCAACCACAACAGAACUUUGAAGUGCCUAAAGCGCACGAUGUUGGGCUAUCCAUGAGACGAGGCCUACCCAGUAGCGCUCUUCUAGUGCCCGUCUGGGGCUUGCCUCCGGGUGGCCUACUGGAAAAGUUGGUUCAGAUAUGUUGGGCCCCGCCCCCUCAAGCAGAUACGUUUUAUUCAGUUCACGUUCAGACAUGAUAUAAGACACUAAAACCAAAAGAAAAGCGAUUUUAUUCAACCUUAACGUUUUAGCCGCUACAAAAAGCAAAAAUCCAAAACCGAUUCGAUUCCGGUACAACAAAAUAAAUGCAUAUAUACAAUACAUACGUACAUAUGUAUGUAUUUAAGUCUCUUUACUAUAUUAUCUUUUCUUUGGUUGACUCGCGGCAGAGCAAAGUACGGGGAAGAGUCGUCGGUAUUACUUGCCAAUUGUUCAGCACACGAAAAAGUCGAGGGAGAUCUGGCAGUCAGUAACAGUAACCCUAAACCCCUAUCAAUAAGUGCAUACAUACUACUACAUAGAAAACACUCGAGAAAACUGGUUAAAGCUAUAGAUGCAGGAAUCGUAUUUGAAUAUAGAAACAAAAAAGCCGUAAAAGAAAACGAAAACGAAUGAUAAAAAA